AUGUGCCGCGACAGCGCCGGCCCUGGCUACUGCGUUGCAGCCCCAGUCGUGGGCGCACGAGGCGAAAUCGCUUUGGGGAACACCCUCCGUGGCCUCGCGUCGGCAUCGGAGCUGGCUAAGAGCCCCAUUGAGUUCAUGGUGCGAUGGCACGAGGAGAAGGAGGGGCGCGCUCUCCGCUUCCGUUGCCAGAUCCAUGAAUCCUGGGGCGAGUGGAAGCAAAGGUGGUUUCAGCUGGAUGCCCGGGUGCGCAAGCCCUUAUCGGUCACUCCCAACACCGAAGUCGAGAAGCUGGCGGAAGCGAUGGCAGUAACCCACCGCAAGCUUUCUGGCGUGGCUUUCGAGCUCAACCCCAAGAACAACUCGGUCCUGUCCAUUGCAGCCAAAGCGCUGGCAACCACCCCGCGGAAGGCUCACAGAGAGGAGAUCGGCGCAGGGCUCGUGUGUGCUCUUCGCUGGCCUAGCAUGGACCACAAGGAGGCGUCAACGCGGGUCUAUGGACACGUUUACUGGCGCACCCCUCCGGACGAGAAUUGGGAGGUGCCCCCGCAGUCUGGAAGGAGCGCAUCCCGCCCUGCCAGAGACAGCGGUUAA